UCCGCCUUAGUCUUGGUCGGGAAGUCGAGUCAAGAUGAUCCUCCUCAUCGGAUUUGUAUCGUUGUUGUUUGGUGUUCAAGAAGUGAUCCCAGUCGCCGAUCACAGUGCCGCCGCACUCCUCGCACCCUUUUUUGGAAUCACUUUGCUACCAGUAUCACUCGUCUCAGGUGCCAGCAGAUACGUCCCAAAGUGGAAGAAGCAGGCCUGCGAGGUCCCAGCAUCCCAGCACCCCAAUUCACACUACGUAUGCGACGAAGCCGGAGACGUGAAAUGUCUGUCAGGAUGGACCGGAGACUUGUGCGACGUGCCAAUGUGCAGGAAGGGGUGUGACCCACUCCAAGGAUACUGCCGUCGUCCUGGUGAAUGUCAAUGCAAAUUCGGCUUCUACGGAGAAGACUGUGACAAAUGCGUCACUUUACCGUUGUGUCAGCACGGCAGGUGCAACGUGAGCUUCGAAUGUGCCUGCGAUCCUGGAUGGUCAGGACCUUUCUGCUCCGAGCCGAUAUGCAGCUCAGACUGUCACCCAGCCAGAGGAUACUGCGAAAAACCAGGCGAAUGCAGGUGCAGACUCGGAUGGCAAGGACACAAGUGUAAGGAGUGCGCCGUUCUGCCAGGCUGCGUUCACGGAACGUGUCAAGGGCCUCUUGAGUGCCGCUGCAAACCAGGGUGGACUGGUUUCUUAUGCCAGAUACCAAUCUGCGCGAAGGGAUGCAGCCGGGAACAUGGAGGAUGUCGACGUCCUGAAACUUGCAGAUGCCGGGUUGGCUGGAAUGGGCCAAACUGCACGGAGUGUGUUCCUUAUCCAGGGUGCGUUCACGGCACCUGCAAAAGGCCAUGGGAGUGUCGGUGCCAACCUGGCUGGACUGGAGAUCUCUGCAAUGAGAAGUUGACCUACUGUGAUGAGAACCCGGAUUCCUGUAAGAAUAAUGGAACUUGCAUCAGCGUCACUCAGGAAGACGGAAAUUUCAGAUGCAUUUGUCCGUUGGGUUACAUGGGUCGUCAGUGUCAGAUCGAGACGACAGUACCAGCGACGGAAUUGAUGCCCCCAAUGCCGGUCAACACGCCGACGCAAUUCGUGAUGUCGCCGACGUCAACGGAGGAGAGCGUCGCGACGCAUUCCAGCCUCACUGAAGAGACGCCGGUGAAACCGGAUGUCGAAGAGAGCAGCCAGGCAUUUGAAGAAGACAAAGUUGAGGACGACGAUUCCGUCGAGCAUAAGGACGAGCAGACCGUCGAACCAUUGGGUCCGAUUUUCAUCACCGAUCCUCCGACCACGAAUGAACCUGCGGCAACAGCGGGAAAGUGGCCAACCGAACCUCCGACGACGGUGCUGCCCUCGGUGGACAGCGACGUCGAAAACGAGGCCUAAUCUUGGCCGAGAUUUUGGUCUGUUAAUUUUUCUACAAAACUGAUCAGUGAAAUUUCAUUUAGAUCGUACAGGCGCG